GGGGGCGCGAGGGCGGAGAGCAGGCUGCCUCCCGGCGUCGCGCUGCAAGUGUCGUGCUGCCGGCGUCCUUUGCGGCAGGUCUCCGCUGGGUCCGCGGGUCGUCGGGGAGCGGCGCCAACGAGGAGACAAGGGCACGGAGGCAGGACGCCAUGCCUUUCUUCGAUGUACAGAAAAGACUGGGGAUUAACUUAGACCGCUGGAUGACAAUCCAGAGCGCUGAGCAGCCUCACAAGAUUCCAAGUCGAUGCCAUGCUUUUGAAAAAGAAUGGAUAGAGUGCGCACAUGGGAUUGGUGGCACGCGAGCAGAGAAGGAGUGCAAGAUAGAAUACGAUGAUUUCGUCGAAUGUCUGCUUCGGCAGAAAACGAUCCGUCGCCUGAAUGCCAUCAGGAAGCAGCGGGAUAAGCUAAUAAAGGAAGGAAAGUACACUCCUCCGCCUCACCACUCUGGCCAAGAGGAGCCCCGGCCCUGAGCGGAGCCGCUGGGGACGCUGCGGGGAACCCUGCUCUUCUCCCCACUGGAGAGCUUAGCCACUGAGAAGCUUCUUUGUGAAAGUGUCUGAAAAUAAAAAUUUACUCCACCCUA